CGGAUCGGCGUGCGCCUGCGCACCGGAGGCCGGAGGAGUCUUACCCUAAUGUAAGAUGGUGGCCCGUCUGGCUGUGGAACCCACCGAAAGCUGAGAGUCUGUCUCUCAGCCGUAAAGGUCGGACUCGCUGAAGCAAUCAGGCCCGGUUCUGAAGAGUUUUUUCCCCGACACUCGUUCAGUGGUCUCUUGUGAGGACGCGGCAGCGCGUGGAGUCGGCUAAGGGAAAAGCGAGGCAAGGCAGGCGGGUCUUUGAAGUUCUACAGUUUAGUUCUCAGUGCUGAACUUCCUUCUCCCUUAAGUUAUUAUAAACUUUUGCUGCUGUUCAAUAAUCGUGAAGAUGUCUCGCAGUCCUGAUGCGAAGGAAGACCCUGUGGAAUGUCCUCUUUGCAUGGAGCCCUUGGAGAUAGAUGAUAUCAACUUUUUCCCUUGCACCUGUGGCUAUCAGAUUUGCCGAUUUUGUUGGCAUCGAAUUCGCACUGAUGAAAAUGGGCUUUGUCCUGCAUGUAGAAAGCCAUAUCCAGAAGACCCAGCAGUUUAUAAACCACUCUCCCAGGAAGAAUUGCAGAGGAUAAAGAAUGAGAAAAAACAGAAACAGAAUGAGAGAAAACAGAAAAUAUCAGAAAAUCGCAAACAUUUGGCUAGUGUACGUGUUGUACAAAAAAACCUCGUCUUUGUUGUAGGUCUGUCUCAGCGCCUAGCAGACCCUGAGGUUUUAAAACGACCAGAAUAUUUUGGGAAGUUUGGUAAAAUACAUAAAGUUGUCAUCAAUAAUAGCACAUCAUAUGCAGGCUCACAGGGUCCAAGUGCCAGUGCUUAUGUAACCUAUAUCCGGUCAGAAGAUGCUCUCAGAGCCAUACAGUGUGUCAACAAUGUGGUAGUAGAUGGCAGAACACUUAAGGCAUCUCUAGGUACAACAAAAUACUGCAGUUACUUCUUAAAGAAUAUGCAGUGUCCGAAGCCUGACUGCAUGUAUCUACAUGAAUUGGGGGAUGAGGCGGCCAGCUUCACAAAAGAGGAAAUGCAGGCGGGUAAACACCAAGAAUAUGAACAGAAACUACUUCAAGAAUUGUAUAAAUUAAACCCCAAUUUUCUUCAACUGUCCACGGGUUCAGUUGAUAAGAAUAAGAACAAAGUGACGCCACUGCAGAGCCCCAUUGACAAACCUUCAGAUUCUCUCAGUAUAGGGAAUGGUGAUAAUUCACAGCAGAUAUCUAACAGUGAUACGCCUUCACCACCACCUGGUUUAUCAAAAUCCAAUCCUGUCAUCCCCAUCAGUUCAUCCAAUCACAGUGCACGGUCUCCUUUUGAAGGGGCAGUAACUGAGUCACAGUCGUUAUUCUCAGAUAACUUUCGCCAUCCCAACCCGAUCCCAAGUGGGCUUCCUCCUUUCCCCAGCUCCCCACAGACGUCCAGUGACUGGCCUACAGCACCAGAGCCACAGAGUCUCUUCACAUCAGAAACAAUCCCGGUAUCGUCCUCCACAGACUGGCAAGCAGCAUUUGGCUUUGGUUCUUCUAAACAACCAGAGGAUGACUUGGGUUUUGAUCCCUUUGACGUCACUCGAAAAGCCUUAGCAGACCUGAUUGAAAAGGAACUGUCAGUCCAAGACCAGCCUUCCCUUUCGCCCACGUCUCUUCAGAACUCCUCUUCACACACUACAACUGCCAAAGGUCCGGGCUCUGGAUUCCUGCAUCCUGCUGCACCGACAAACGCCAACUCUCUCAAUAGUACCUUUUCAGUCUUGCCACAGAGGUUCCCUCAAUUUCAGCAGCACCGAGCAGUUUAUAAUUCAUUCAGUUUUCCAGGCCAGGCAGCCCGCUAUCCUUGGAUGGCCUUUCCACGCAAUAGCAUCAUGCACUUGAACCACACAGCAAACCCCACCUCAAAUAGUAAUUUCUUGGACUUGAAUCUCCCGCCACAGCACAACACAGGUCUGGGAGGGAUCCCUAUAGCAGGGGAAGAAGAGGUGAAGGUUUCGACCAUGCCACUGUCAGCCUCUUCCCAUUCAUUACAACAAGGACAGCAGCCUACAAGUCUCCACACUACUGUGGCCUGACAACAGAACUGAGAGGAGAGGAUUAGACUCUGGGGUGCUUGCAUGGGCAACCGGAUUUUUGCAUGAUUCCUUUCUGAUUUCGCAUUUAAUGUAUACACCCAAAAGAGCCAAUAUAAACGUUCCUCAUGCCUACAGCUAGUGUGUUACCUCAUAGUUGCUAAAGUAUUUCUUCUUUAGGCCUUUAACACUAUUUAUUAGCAUAAUAAUUUUGGCAUUGUUUCUCAUGAGUGAUACUAUUUUUAACUCACACAAAUAAACUUGUAGUACUAAUUAAGAUCCCAGAUGAGAUUAGCUAGAAUUGUUCUUAUUUUGGCUCUAUUAUUGAAAUUAUGCAAAGAUAAUGGUAGUUCCUUGUUUUCUGAUUUGUGAAAAAAAUGGUAAUAUCCUAAUAUACUCAUGAAAAAUUUGAAAAUUUAAGAAGAUAAUGUCUAUUGCAUUUCUUUGAAUACUUGAGAAGAAAGAAUACAUACAACACAAAACUGGUGGUGUCGCUUAAUGCUCAGAAGGAUGUUGUCAGCAUUUAUUUUUAGUUGUAUGGAUUUAUAUCCUAUAUGAAUGCAUUACGUGUUUAGAAACUGUUUUUGUUGUCUCUCAUUUGCACAUUUGCACUUUCUUUCUGAAUGGUUGUUAAUUAUAUACAGAAGGUUAAAAGAUAAUUAUUAUAGACUAAAUGCAAUAUCUCUUUUCUAAUGCACUGCCUAGUAUACCAGGAAAUGCCUCAGAAACAGAAUUUCAACUUACAGUUGAUUUAUCAGAAACUUGAAUUUGGGGUAAACAUUGUAUGUAAGAAGCAACCAUAGUAGUGUGACGUUUUUAUGGAACAACUGGUAGUUCUGUGAGAUACCUGUUUGAAACUUCGUUGUUUAAUAAUUGAAAUGUGAUAAUAAAGCUCUAUUACAAGUACCUGGCCAGAAUGAGACUAAGGUGGAGGAGAAGAGAUUGAGGAGCCUCUAAAAUUAGGCCAUGUGAGUUGUCCUAGGAAAUUUUAGUCUCAGAGUAUAGUGGCAUACUCUGUUAGGACAUAAUGUGAAGUGAUGUUUUCGGAUAAUACACACUUUUUUGACCUAGUUUGAAAGCUGACAAUGAAGGAAAAUAAACAAUUAAAUUCUGAGCGGUGAACAGAAACUGAUUCAGAAAACAUGACCGUAUUCUGCCUACAUGAAGCAUCUGGAAAGAAAGGGGAAAGUCCGCUCUCCUUUUUGACAUUUUCAGAAAACAGUUGUGAUAAAAGCUAUGCCUUUAUUUUUUGAAAAGUAUUAAAAGAGUAACAUGAAUACCAAAAAAGGAAGCCUAAGUAUUUAAAAUAAUAAUAAUUUUAAAACAUGUUAUUAGGAAGUGAUACUUAAUAUCAUGUUGGAGUUUUCAAGGGUACCUCUUCAUAUAAAGUCUGAUUAUUUUCUGUUAGGCAUAAUAAGCAAAUUAGAUGGUUUUGUCCUCAGGUAUAGCAGGUAAACUAAAAUCUGUUUUUAGUUAACCUUCGCUUUGGUUAACUGAGCGUGUAGGAACAGCUAACUAUCUAGCCAUUUAAAUUUUUUUUUUUUAAUUCUGCAUAAAUGACAAUCUGUAAUUUCUAUUCAGAAGUGAUGUUAGGGCAGCAUUACAAGAAAUAUAGAAAAUGUAAAUAAAAUAUUGUAGCCUUCUUAGAAGCCUUUUAUCAUGAGUUAAUCAUGGUUCCAUUUUGCUCUAAGAGGUCAAGACAUCCACUUACUGUCUCCUGUGAUGUCAAGGUUUCUAGGCUUUGUUAACAAACUUGGGCUUCCUGUAAUGAAACUUACUAGUACCUAGCUUUCUCCAGCCCUCAGUGCAAGCCUUUCAGUGCCUGGAUCUUCUUACAAAGACAAAUGGUUCGCUCCCAUUUACUUUUACUUCUCUGUGUUGAGAGAGAGAUAACACGUGUUAAACAAUGCUUCUUUCCUGUGGUCACUUUCUCUCUCCUUUCUCCUUCCUAGCCAGGUCCAAAAAAGUGUCAGGUGGUUUGUCUAGACUUGCUAGGACCCAGAACUCUCUCCAGUUUGCUUCUGUAUCCUCUACACUUUGACACCCACCAUACAUCAGGAAAAUGCUUCUUGGGCAUUUAGGCUUCAGCUUAACAUAUUUUCACAUUGAAUAGCUGAAGAUUAUCCUUUAACUUUGUGAUUUCAAGACCUUGUAAACCUAGAAUAAUAAGCCUCACCGUUUUGCUUAUUUAAUAUUCCAUAUAGUAUGUUUCUUUUUUUAAAUGAAGUCUUGAAAUCAAGUUGUAAUGAAUUCUGUUAAAGCACGAAGAAAUGACAACACAGGAGAAAGUACUGCUUGACAUAGCAAGUAAAUUGAUGAAACCAAAUAAAUGAUGGUAAAGAAUGAAAAAUUCUAAAAAGCUUCAGAUUAAUUUUUAUUAAAUUCCUGCAUAAUUGUUGUGUCAUGCACGAGGGAAGCUUUUUACGCUUUUACAUCCUAACUUUUAAAAAAUUACUAGUCUGUUUCUUAAUUCAGGAGUUUUUAAAGCCAGAGUUCAGAACCCUUUGGAUGUACUAGCAAAGUUAGAAAUUUGUAUGUAUGUACAGCUGUCCACUUUUUUCUGGAGGGAAAAUCCAUAGUUACAGAUUUAUAAAGGGUUUGGUGACACUUCCUCCCACCCCCCACCCACCCCCCCCCCCCCCGAAGAAAAGUUAAGAACUGCUAACUUGAAAUGGUUUUAGUGCCACUGCAAGAAAUAGAGACCUGGAGUGAAUGAUUUAAGUCAUGAUGAAUGUCAAGUGCCUCUUUUUAUUUUCUUAAAGAUUCCAUUAGAAAAUACUUUCUGAUUAAUACUUUUCCAUUUCAUUCUGCUGUUGCAUUUUGUUUUUCCAGGUGGUGCUUUUAUAUAUUCUCCUCUUAUUUCAACAGAGUAUUAAUCAAAUAUCUGAGUGCCUAUUCUGUGUAGUGACCUGAGUUAGGUCUUGAGGGAUACAAGGUUGAAUGAAGCACAGAUCCUAUCGUCAAGGAUAACAGUCUAGUGACAGUUUUAUUUCAAAUGGUUUCUAUAGGGUCCGCUCUUAAUAUAACAAUGAGAACAGCCAUAGCAGCCAAGACUCAUUUUAUUAUUCAUUGCUCUGACAGUGGCAACAAAGGGUAUUAAAUAUUGAUAGCUGAAAUUUUUAAAUAGACGAUAAUUUGGAAGGAGUGAAAAAAAUCUUACUAGGGAAGACAUACACUCGUGAUUCUAAUUUAAGUAUCUUAGUCGUAUAUGUAUGCUCAUGUCUCUAACUCUUAGUGUCCUGGGUGUUAAGUAGAGCUUUCUAUAUAUAUGUUCUUUUAAAGAAAACACUUGAAUGCAUUGUGGCUGUGCCCAUUUUUACUGGCAUGGCUCCUAUUUGUACUGUGUUCCAAGCACCUUCAGGAUUGCCAGAGCUCUCUUUUGCUGUGAUACAGGUCCAUAGGGAGCUACUCCCACAGAGGCAUUGCCUCAGAAAGCCAAGAAAAAGGAAUGAAUUGCAGGUGCAUAGAAAUCUUAAAAUGAAGACCACUCUGUUAUAUGUGCAUACAUUAAAAACUGGGGGAUGUUUUAUCUCGUUGAGUUACAAGGUUUUAAAUUUUUUUAUUUGAUCUUGAAGUUUCCCCAAAUUUGCUUAAUUGGCUUUAAGAGAUGGAUACCAUACAGUUGAAAGCACAAUAACUUUUUUGAACGAUUAUCUUAUCAAGAGGUGAUAGCCCAAAGCAAUGAUACCUGUGUCUUUUUCUAUAAAAUAUGGACCGAAACCAGUUAUCCAGUGUCAAGUCCUCUGCCCUUAGUGCUGUGUCUUGCUUCACUCAGCCUUUGUAUCUGAAUGAGUACCUACUACAUUGUCUCCUUGUGCUGAGUAAAUGGCAGUAAUAUAUGCAGGUAUUUACACAUGAAAUGUUUAGUGAACUAACCAAACACCAUGCUGAUACAAAAGGAGAAAUGGGAAUUAAAGAAGUUAAUGUAAGCUGGCUCAGGGAAAGCCUUCACUAAAAAAGUAUGGGGCUUUUUGAUUUUGAAGGAUGGCUGAAAUGUAGAUAAUGGAAGGGGGAAAUACAAUAAUGGGAACAGAUGAACAAAGAACCAGGGACAGAGAUUGGAGUGGUCCCUAGGGGUUAGGAGAGAAGGACAGUAGGGAGACAGACGGACUCGUCUGAAGUGUACAGGUCAUACGGAGAGGUGGAGUAAGUGCUCAGAGCCUUGAAAACGAGGAAGAAUAGUUAAUUCAGAUGUGGAUAUGGUCAAUAGUAGAGAACUAUAGGUUCUUUGGUAAAGAUGGAACUUGAUUGUAGCAUUUUAAGAAUAUUAAUUUGGUAAUGUGUUUGCUUGGAAUGAAGAAAAUGUUCUAGUAUGUUAUUGCUGGCCAGUGCAAAUAAGAUGGCCUGGAUUAGAACAGUAAUAGUAUAAGAAUGGAGAAGAAAUUAUGAAUUAGAAGCCAGAAAACAUGAAAUCUAAGAAAAGUCCUUCAGGU